AUGGGUAAACUCGGCGGACAGAGCUAUUGGGAAGCACCAUUCACUGCCAUGUCCCCCUACAACUGUGUUCGUUUAUGGAUGUUUUGUGUCUUAGCGUGCCUGGGAACUCUACUGCCCCGGACCGAAUGCGGAUGCCAGGACGCGGGAUUCUGUUGCUCUGGUAGAAAUCGGUCUUGCGUUAGCACCGGCUGGAGAACUGACCGCUCGUAUGGAACAUGCUACUGUGACCAAACUUGUUUACUAACGCUGGACUGUUGCCACGAUUACGACCUCGCCUGUCCAGCCGUGUCGUGCGUGGUCAGUGAGUGGAGUAUGUGGUCCGGCUGUGCUGAACCUUGCAGGGCAACAGUGCGGUUACGGCAGCGGCAAGUCGUGAGAGAACCACGAAACGGAGGACAGCCGUGCCCGCCUCUCCAACAGUCUGCAGGCUGUGCAGAAUACCAGCAAAACCAGCAACACUGCUUGCGCUCACUGGUCCCGGCGCUGAUCACUGCUGGUGGCUAUGGCAACGCUAGGAAGAAGAGACAGGUCUCAGAUAGCCAAGAGGCCACAGGGUACUGCGUGGAGUUUGAGGUCACCUCGCUGAUGUCAGGGUGCCAGCAGAGUGUGAGUGAACACACUCGUUGGAUGCAGUAUCUGCGGGAGGGUCAUCAGGUGUGUGUGGAGUGCCAGCCUCCUGCCCUGGCACCUGGACAACGCUACUGCUCUGGAGACGGAGAAAAGAUGGACGAGAACAGUGGCCAGUCUCUGCAGUGGCAGGCAGUGGGGAAUUCCAGAUGUAGGGGGCUCUGGAGACGAGUUCGCCGGAGAGAGGCCUGUACCUGUCCCACUGUUCACUCGUUCCUCUUCAUCUGA